AUGAAAUGUGACCAAGAGCCCGCCGACGUGAUUUCAACAGGGAUCUUUGCCCUCGAUCAAGCACUAGGUAUUGGUGGGCUGCCCCGCGGGCAUUUGGUAGAGCUCUGCGGCCGCGAUGAUGCGGACGUUACGGCAAUGGCGCUUUACAUGAUGGGAAGGGCCCAGGGAGAAGGAGGCACUGCCGUGCUUGUCAACCACCACAUCGCCCUCGACCUGGAACAUCUCCGUGCACUCAAGGUGGAUGUGGAGAACCUCUAUAUCGGACAGCCAAAUACCUGGGAGGAAGCAUUGGAGAUGGGCACUCGCCUCGUCGCAUCCCGGGUGGUGGAUUGCGUGGUCAUGGACGGGACUUUGGCGCCUUACCCUACCCGGAGGUUGCAGAUGACCGGCGUUCAAAAGCUUCCAACAGCCAUGUCGCAAUGGGUGAGACUGAACCAGGCCCUGUCCCGAUCUCGAUGCCUGCUUCUGUGGCUGGGGCGGGCCCAUGGGAUGCCCGACCUUCGGGACGCGAGGGAGGCAAGGGAGGAAGGAAGGACCGAGGUAUGGGCCAGCUUCCCCUCGCUUCGGUUGCGAUGCGAGGAGAUCGAUCCGCUGGAUCGUGGAGAAUGGAGUGGACGGGCGGGACGGAAAAGGGGUGGGGUGUCUUGUCGAAGCUCGGACGACGACCAUUCGCUGUUUCGCAAGCGCCGAGGGCAGCCCCGGUACAUCCGGGUAGGCGUGGUAAGAAACAUGCUGGCGACCCCGUCUGGGGCAGUGGAGGUGGACCUCGUGAACGGAACAGAGCAUGACAGGUCAGGAGCGACGAAGGAAGGAGAGAGGGUAAAAGAACAAGGAGGAGCACUGGCCGCGGAUGGACAAGCAGGGACGACGAUGGUUGCACCCCUGCAAGGAAGGGAGGAUAAUCCCUCGAUCUCAGAGCACGUCGACCGGGGAAAAGAACAGGCGGAAAUCGAAGAGCCUUUGCGUCGGGCUUCGAUCCAUGUGCCCGCAUGGACGAGUGGGGGAGGAGGUGGAGGAGGCGACGGCGUGGAUCUAGAUAUCGAUUAUCUCACCGGCGAGAUCGGCAAUGCACAAGCAGAGGCAGCGCUGACGGGCUCCGACGCAGGAAGGGGAAAGAGGGAAGGAGGGACGGGGUAG